CUCUGUGCCUGGGCUUCGGCCCCGCCCUUCUCCUUUGCGCCCCACAAAGGCCCGCGACACCCCCAGACCCCCAGAUUUUCAGUAUGGAGUUCUCGGAGCUGAUCCGUACUGGUCGCGCGGAGGCGCUCCUUCUGCCGGGUCCCGGGCAGCCCCCGGUGCGGGGCACCCUGUGUAUCACAAGUCACCACCUGCUGCUCUCCGCGGGGCACGGGAGCCCCGGCGACCUGUGGCUGCUUCUGCGCAACGUGGAUGCCGUGGAAAAGCGGGUGGCAGGAAACUCGGGCACUAUCACCCUGAAAUGCAAGAACCUGCACGUUCUGCAGCUGGAGAUCGAGGGCUUGGAGGAGACCCUGGACAUCGCCAGUUCCAUCGAGGCUUUGACCUCGCUGGAAUCUGUCACCACUUCCUAUCCAUUCUUCUACAGACCCCAGAGCCUGAGGCUUGGAGACGCUGCGAACCUGCACCCCCCGGACCACUUCUAUCAACAGGUGGCCCUCCAGACGGACGCCUGGCGCCUGAGCGCAGUGAACAGGGACUUCGACGUAUGUGCCAGCUACCCGCCAGCCUUGGUGGUACCCGUCGGGAUUGGGGACGAGGUCCUGGCGCGAAGCGCCCGCUUUCGCCAAGGGGGACGCUUCCCUGUGCUCUGCUACUAUCAUACAACCAACGGAACAGUGAUGCUGCGCUCCAGCCAGCCCCUGCAGGGGGCCAACAGGCGCCGCUGUGCGGAGGAUGAGGAGCUGCUGCGCGCCGUUCUGGCCCUGGGCGGCGGGCGGGGCUUGGUGCUGGACACCCGCUCCGCCCAGGCGGUCCAGCAGGCCCGAAUAACCGGGGGCGGCACGGAGGCCAAGGCGGCCUACCCCGGCUGGAAGCGGCUGCACCGGCCCCUGGAGAGGGGCCGGCCCCUGCAGGACAGUUUUGUCCGUCUGGUAGAGGCCUGCACAGACCCCUCGCUGAGUAUGGAUCGUUGGCUCAGCCGACUAGAUGGCUGCCGAUGGCUGACACAUGUUAAGGAAACACUGACUGCCGCCUGCCUGGCAGCCCAGGGCAUGGACAGGGAAGGAGUCUGUAUCCUGGUACAUGGAGCUGAGGGCACGGACACCACCCUCCUUGUGACCUCACUGGCACAGCUAAUCCUGGAUCCCAAGUGCAGAACAAUGAGUGGCUUCCAAAGCCUACUGGAACGGGAAUGGAUCCAGGCCGGUCACCCUUUCCAGCAGCGCUGUGCCCACUCAGCCUAUGCCCAGGCCCGCCCCAAACACGAGGCCCCCGUCUUCCUGCUCUUCCUGGACUGUGUGUGGCAGCUGAGCCGUCAGUUCCCAUUGUCCUUGGAGUUUGGGGAGGGGAUGCUGCUGGCCGUGUUUGAGCACGCCUACGCCUCACCCUUUGGCACCUUCCUGUGCAACAGCGAGAAGGAGAGGUACCUGUGUGAAGUGAAGACAAAGACCCACUCCCUGUGGUCCAGUCUAAACCAAUCAAAGGAGAGAAGGAGACUCCGUAAUCCAAUCUACACGCCCAACCCUCUGGCCCUAUGGCCCUCUGUGGAGCCCCAGAGCCUUCAGCUGUGGGCAGGUCUUUUCCUACGCUGGACUCGACCACCUGAGCCUGCCCAAGAGGCAUGGGAACAGCUCUGGAGAAUAGUGACAGAGCAAGAGGGAGGAGACACCCUAUGAAGUCUCCAGUCUUAAGGAAGGGAUUUUGCUCCAAAUCCCCACUUCCAGUCUUUGCUUCAGGGUUCUUGGCUAGCUGCCUUAAAGACUGAAAGGCUAGCUAUGGAUUUCAGUAGCUCCAAAGUUCAACUGCAGUUACUCCCAAACCCUUUCACUUCCAGGGCCAUGAAGUAGAGGAAAAAGCUGACAAUAAAUGGACCUGCACUUGU